GCCAAUGUGAUUGCUUCAGCCCUUGCCCAGAUCCCACAAAAGGUUCUAUGGAGAUUUGAUGGCAAGAAACCAGACACCUUAGGACCCAAUACUCGGCUGUAUAAGUGGUUGCCCCAGAAUGACCUUCUUGCCAAAGGCAUUUUGCCAGAAGAAAAACUCUCUUAUGACUAUUCAGGAGAAUUUCUUAAUCUAAUGGACAAUGAAGACAUAGAAAGGCUAGAUGAUGGAAAAUUAAGAAAACCUUGUUACUGUGAUGCUGCAUUGUGUACUGUUUUCCUGCCUUGUGACAGUUUACUGUAUAAAGAGAAUGCUAUGAAAUUAUCAAGAAUUCACCAUGAUCAGCCAACAAAGCCCCUGGAUCGAGCAGUUUUCUGGAUCGAGUAUGUCAUGCGCCACAAAGGAGCCAAACACCUUCGGGUUGCAGCCCACGACCUCACCUGGUUCCAGUACCACUCUCUGGAUGUGAUUGGGUUCCUGCUGGCCUGUGUGGCAACUGCUAUAUUCAUCAUCACAAAAUGUUGUCUGUUUUUUUGCCAGAUGUUUGCUACAGCAGGAAAGAAGGAAAAAAGGGAAUAAUUAGAUCUAGUCCUGAAGCUUGGAUUCCUGAUAAUCAUAGAUAGGAGUAGUCCAGUUGACUGCAGCAAGAAAGGGUUGUGGUAUAAGAUUUCCUUGUCCCUGUGACAACAUG